GGGGGACGUUUAUCCCGACGGUCCGCCUUCAGAGUAUAAGGAAGUGUUCUGACAUGUAGCUCGUAAAAAGUCUGAAAAGUCAACUCUUGGGAGGAUAAAAGUAUCAAGAUUUCACAAUGGAAGGAACUUCAACAACUAAUGCCGCAGCUCAGCCCUCCAUUGCUGCUCAGGUUCCUUUUAUUGACCUCUGUAACAUUUUAGAGAAAAUCCAGAAGUCUAAGCUCCGUCCAGAGAAAUCCAAGAUCCUUAGAGAUUUCAUCGAAUCAUGGAGGAAGUUUCAUUCUGCUCUUCACAAAGCCAACCCCAAAACAACAGACUCUUUCUACCCAGCCAUGCGCCUCAUAGUCCCCCCAUUCGAACGAGAGCGUAUGGCCUAUGGCAUCAAAGAGAGCAUGUUAGCUAAACUCUACAUCGAUGUUCUAGGCCUUCCGAAGAACGGCCUGGAAGCCAACAAACUUUUAAACUACCGUGCCCCGACUACUUCCCAAGGAGAAGCAGGGGACUUUGCCGGUAUGGCGUACUUUGUGCUGAAGAAGCGGUGCACCAGCCAAGGAAAGCUCAGUAUCAAAGAAGUCAAUGACUUUCUUGACUCGGUGGCCAUCAACAAUGCAACUAAGAAGAAAGACCUUGUAAGAAAGAGUCUGCUGCACCUCAUUACUCAGAGCUCGGCUCUCGAGCAAAAGUGGCUCAUCAGGAUGAUUCUGAAGGACAUGAAGCUUGGGAUCAGCAAAGAGACUGCUCUUCAAGUCUUCCAUCCAGAUGCUAAUGAUCUCUACAAUGUCAAUACAGACUUGAACAAGGUGUGCCAACAGCUCCACAACCCCUCUGUGUCUUUAAGCGACAUCUCAAUUGGACUUUUCUCAGCUUUCAAGCCAAUGCUGGCAGCAGUGGCGAACAUCCGAAAUGUUGAGAAACAGAUGGGAAACAGCCCGUUUUACAUCGAAACCAAGCUGGAUGGGGAGCGCAUUCAACUGCACAAAGACGGGGAUGUGUACAAGUACUAUAGCAGAAAUGCCUUCGAGUACACCCAGCAAUUUGGAGGGUCCCCAUUGCAGGGCUCGCUGACCCCUUACAUCCACAACGUUUUUAAAAGCAACAUUGUAAACUGCAUCCUGGAUGGUGAGAUGAUGGCAUACAACCCAACCGCAGCGACCUUCAUGCAGAAAGGGAGCAAAUUUGACAUCAAGAAACUCAUGGACGACUCUGAGUUGCAGACGUGUUUUUGCGUUUUCGAUGUUUUGUUGGUGAAUGACCAGAAGCUCGGCAAGGAAACUUUGAAGAAGCGUGACGAGAUCCUGCAGACAGUCUUCACCCCAGUUAAGGGGAGAAUACACUUGGUGCCAAAGACAGAUGCCAGAACCAUGCAGGAGGUGGUGAAUGCACUCAAUGAUGCGAUCGACAGCAGAGAGGAAGGAAUCAUGGUGAAGGAUCCGUUAUCCAUCUACAAACCAGACAAGCGUGGGGAGGGAUGGUUGAAAAUAAAGCCAGAAUACAUGGACGGCUUGAUGGAUGAGCUGGAUCUCCUAAUCGUUGGUGGCUACUGGGGGAAAGGAAGGCGAGGUGGCAUGAUGUCCCACUUCUUAUGUGCUGUCGCCGAAGCCCCGAAGCCUGGCGAGAAACCCUCAGUUUUCCACACUCUAUGCCGCAUCGGCUCUGGCUACACCAUGAAGGAGCUGUACGACCUUGGUUUGAAGCUAGCCAAAAACUGGAAAGUCUACCGUAAGAACGACCCACCAGCCUCCAUCUUAUGUGGUACGGAGAAACCAGAAGUUUACAUCGAACCAUGCAACUCGGUCAUCAUCCAGGUCAAGGCGGCUGAAAUCGUUGGAAGCGACAUGUAUAAAACCAACUGCACCUUGCGUUUCCCAAGAAUCGAGAAGAUCCGCGAUGACAAGGAGUGGCACCAGUGCAUGACUCUGGCAGAGCUGGAUCAGUUCCGGGGUAAGGCCUCUGGGAAACUUGCCUCGCGACACCUUCGCAUCGAUGACGACGAACCACAAAAGAAGAAGCGCAAGAUGCCGGCCAGACCGAAGAAAGUGGUGGGGAUCGUUGACCACUUCAAGCCCCAGGAUCUCUCUGGGGUAAAAAAGGAGACAGAUAUGUUUGAGGAUGUGGAGUUCUGUAUUCUGAAUGGCACCGAGGAUCACCCAAAAGCUGAGCUGGAAAAGGGCGUGGCCAGGUGUGGCGGUGUAGUGGUCCAAAACCCAGGACGGGACACAUACUGUGUGAUUGCUGGGGUGGAAAACAUGCGUGUGAAGAAUCUUAUUUCAACCAACCAGCAUGACGUGGUGUGGGCCGCCUGGCUGCUAGAGUGCCUGAACCAGAAGGAGGUGGUGCCAUGGCAGCCACGCCACAUGAUCCACAUGUCGCUCUCCACCAGGGAGCACUUCGCCAAAGAGUACGACAGCUUCGGCGACAGCUACUUCGUGGACACCGACGAGCAGCAGCUGCGGGAGGUGUUUGGCCGGAUGAGCGGCGAGGAGUUGUCCAGGGGAGUGAACGUGGGUCAGGUGGAGCAGCGGUGCGGCUUGGAGGACCUUCCAACCAGCUUGUUCAGACCCUUUGAGGUUUACAUGGACCGCUACGCCGACAUUGGAGACCCUAAAACGGCUUUGCCUGCCACCUGUUUGGACAUCAGAGCGAUGGAGUUCCGCUACCAUGGAGGGAAGGUGGUGCAGAAGUUGGAAGAAGGAGUGACUCAUGUCAUUGUCACAGAAGAAGCGAGACUUCUUGAUUUAAGGACUCUUCGUCGAUGCUUGAGGAAGAAGUUCAAGAUUGUGAAAGACUCGUGGGUGACGGAUUCAAUCAAAGCUGGCUUCCUGAUGAACGACACUGACUACUUAGUUUGAAGAAUCAUCUGUGAAUAGACACUAGUGAUAUUUUAAUUAACUCCUAAAGAUUUAAGUAAUAAUCAUUUUUUUAAAACUAAAAAUUCAAAACCAAGAAACUGAGCAAUAUGGUUCAGAAGGACAUUAAACUGUGCAGAGAUUCAAAUUCUAAUGGGUUUUUAUAUGCAAACUUAAUGAGUUUUAUAUUUUGUGUUCUUAAUGAGUUAUCAAAUAUGCAGGUUAUUAAUUUUAAACUGAUUGUUGGUGGUUACAAUCAGAGGAAGCAAAGAUUAGUUUUUCAAUUUUAAUUGUUUGAAUUGUGUUAAGAAGCAAAACUUUUUCAUACCCCCUCUUUCUCUUUUAGACUUUCAGCCUCAGGAAUAAUAAUAAUGCAUAUUUUGAAAUCACAAUGGAUUUAGAUUAAUUUUAAAAAACUGCAGAAUUUGGGGAAUUAUAAGGCUUGCAUUAAAAGUACAACAAAGACAAAGGGAGUAUUGUUUUGAUUGUUCAUCCUCUUUGUAAUCUGUGCCUUUUAUUUACAUUUUAAGAACUCUAAUAAACAUCUUGAAACACUGGA